AAUUUAUACUCAUAGUGGCCAAUGUGCCGUAUUCUUAUCGGACUUUGGUUGGUACUCUGACAUCUUUCACCCCAGGAAGAUACUGCUGGCUGAUACAGAAUGAGGUUGAAUGUAACUUUUCUGUUGCAGAUGAACCAACACGUUCCUUGAGUGGUCUCAUCUUGAAGAAUAAUGUAAAAGCACAUUUUCACAACUUUCCCAAUGGGGUAACUGACUUCAUUAAAAGUGAAUGUCUGAAUAACAUUGGUGAUUCCUCCCCCUUAAUUAGAGCUACUGUAGGCAUUUUGAUAACAACCAUUGCCUCGAAAGGGGAAUUGCAGAAUUGGCCUGAACUCUUACCAAAGCUUUGCAGCCUGUUGGAUUCUGAAGAUUACAAUACCUGUGAGGGUGCUUUUGGCGCUCUUCAGAAGAUAUGUGAAGAUUCAGCUGAAAUAUUAGAUAGUGAUGUAUUGGACCGACCACUCAAUAUCAUGAUACCUAAGUUCUUGCAGUUCUUCAGGCACAGCAGUCCAAAAAUAAGGUAGGUUUAGGUGUUGUACUACAGUUACCUGUUAGAAUUUUUACAUGAGCA